AUGGUCCGCACUCUCGUGAUCGACAACUACGACUCGUUCACGUGGAACGUGUACGCGGACCUCGCACGUCUCGGCGGUAAUCCCCUCGUCGUGCGCAAUGACAAGAUUACUCUGCCCGAGAUUGAGGCUCUCUACGCCGACGGCGAGAUCGACCGCGUAGUCAUCUCGCCUGGUCCGGGACAUCCGCGUACCGACUCUGGCAUCUCGCGUGACGUGAUCAUGUGGGCUAUGGGGCGUAUGCCGGUGCUCGGUGUUUGCAUGGGGCUCGAAUGUCUGGUUGACGUGCUCGGUGGCGAGAUUUCGUACGCUGGCGAGAUCAAGCACGGCAAGACUUCGCUCGUCAAGCACGAUGCAACGGGCCUGUUCCACGAUCUUCCGCCCCUCCUUGCGUCGGUUCGCUACCACUCGCUCGCGGCCAAGCUCCUCACCCUUCCCCCGAUCCUGCAGGUGACCUCGACGACCGAGGAGUCUGGCGUCAUCAUGGGCGUGCGUCACCGGAAAUACACCGUCGAGGCCGUUCAGUACCACCCCGAGUCGUGCAUGAGUGAGGGUGGCCACGGUCUCGUCGCCAACUUCCUCAAGCUCAAGGGUGGCGAGUGGGGCGGUGAGAACGCCUGGUGCGGUGUCCCCGCCAGUUCGGAGGCCGACGUCAACAAGGCGACUGCGCCCGCUGUACCGGUCACGAACGGGACUGAGCCUGAGGCGGCCAAGGAGAAGAAGCCGCUGUCGAUCCUUGACCGCAUCGCGGCCCAGCGCCUCAGCGACGUCGCCGCCGCUUCCGUCGCGCUGCCGACGACUCCCGAGAACCUCGCUUCCGCACUUAACCUGCACACUGCUCCUCCCCUUAUUUCCUUCGUCGACCGCGUCAAGAAGACCCCUCACACGGCCGUAAUGGCUGAGAUCAAGCGCGCCUCACCGUCCAAAGGCGAGAUUGCGCCCACUGCCAGCGCACCCGAGCAGGCGCUGCGGUACGCAGCGGCGGGCGCUUCCGUUAUCUCGGUGCUGACCGAGCCUACGUGGUUCAAGGGCGCGCUGAGCGACAUGCUCGCUGUGCGUCGGGCUGUGGACGCGAUGCCCAACCGUCCCGCGAUCCUGCGUAAGGACUUCAUCCUCGCGCCGUACCAGAUCGACGAGGCGCGCCUCCACGGCGCGGACACGGUGCUGCUUAUUGUCGCGAUGCUCACCCCUUCCAAGCUCAAGGAGCUCUACAACUACUCACUGAGCCGCGGGAUGGAGCCUCUCGUCGAGGUCAACAACCCGAGCGAGCUCGAGGUCGCGCUUGAGCUCGGUGCAAAGGUCAUCGGCGUGAACAACCGCAACCUCCACGACUUCAACGUCGACAUGGGGACGACGAGCCGCGUCAACGACGCCCUCAAGGGCCGCGACGUCAUCCUCUGCGCUCUCAGCGGGAUCGCCAGCCACGCCGACGUCGCCAAGUACGUCGCGGAGGGAGUACGUGCCGUGCUCAUCGGUGAGAGCCUCAUGCGCGCCCCGGACGCCGGAGCGUUCCUGCGCGAGCUUAUCGGGCUUCCUCCCGCGGAGAAGCCUGCGGCGCCCAAGCCCCUCGUCAAGAUUUGCGGCGUACGCUCCGCUGCCGACGCGCAGCUUGCGAUUGACGCUGGCGCCGACCUCAUCGGCAUCAUUUGCGUUCCUGGCACCAAGCGAUUCACGCCUCCCAAGACGGCGCGCGAGAUUGUCGACGUGGUCCGCACCGCGCGCGCCAAGGCGACCUCGAGCAAGCCCGAGUCGUCGCCCCUUUGGUUCGGGACGAUGGCUGCCCGCCUCCGCGCUCGCCGCAGGCCACUCGCCAUCGGCGUGUUCCGCAACCAGCCAGUCGAGGACGUGGCUGCGGCUGUGGACGACAUCGGCCUCGACCUCGUUCAGCUGCACGGCGACGAGGCGCAGUCGGACGCCCGCCUCCUCCCGGUGCCGGUGAUCAAGGCGUUCCGUGUCGUCGACGGCGCCGUGCAUGGUGGAGACGCUGCGCGUCCCGGCCUGAACUCGUACGUGCUGCUCGACGCGCCUUCGAGUACGGGCGCUGCGGGCGGUGGGGAGGGUGUGUCCUUCGACUGGGGCGUUGCCAAGCGGCUCGCGGACGAGGGCGAGGCCGGCGGUGCUGCGCGUCUCCCUAUCAUCCUUGCUGGCGGGCUCACGCCCGACAACGUCACCCAGGCCGUUGAGGCGGCCGGCGGCGUGCUCGCCGUCGAUGUGAGCUCGGGCGUCGAGGCUGCCGAUGGGAGCAAGGACCCAGAGAAGGUGCGCGCGUUCAUCAAGGCCAUCAAGGGAUAG